AUGUCUGAGCGUGAGCUACUUGAAGAAGUUUCUCUACUACCUGUUGAGGUGAAGAAGGAAGUUGGCGCUGUGAACGUCAGUCCCGUCGUAGGCACGGAUGGUAUACUUGAACUUAGAUCUACUGUCGAAGCACUGGGGCUAGUGAAACUUAGGCCUGUUGUCGGCGCGGUUGGUGUACUCGACGCCGAAUCUAUUGAAGAAAUGCCGGGUGUAGUGAAGGUCAGCCCUGUUGUAGGCGCUGUUGCUGUGCUCGAAGUCAGGCCUGUUAUAGAAGUGCCUGGUGUAAUGAACGUCAGACCCGUCGUCGGCGCGGUUGGUGCACUUGAAGUAGAGUCUACUGUCGAAGCACUGGGAGUAGUGGACACCAAUCCCGUCGUGGACGCUGUGGAUGUGCUUGACCUCAGAUCUACUGUAGAACCACUGGGUGAAGUGAAACUUAGACCCGUCGUAGGGGCUGUUGGUGCAGUGAAACUCGUAUCUCCCGUAGACCCCGUUGGUGCGCUAAAGGUCAGACCUGUCGUUGGCGCUGUCGGUGUGGUGAGGGUCAGGCCUGUUGUCGGUGUGGUUGAUCUGCUGAAACUCAGAUCUACGGUAGAAGAACUAGAUGCGCUGAAAGUCAAUCCAGUGGUAGAGCCUGUCGGCGUCCUUGAAGUUAGAAGGGUUGAGCUCUCAGCCGGGUUACUGAAUGUCAGACCGGUCGUGGGAGCCGUUGGCGGAGUGAAGGUCGAGCUUCCUGUAGAUAUCGACGGAGUAGUAAAAGUUAGAUCAGUCGUGGGUGCGGUUGGUGUGCCUGUGGUUGUCUCUGUUGUAUAA